GAGGACCAGCCUGGGAGCAACACCUGCUCAGACACGGAGCGCCAGGGCUUCAGGGACUUCUGCUCCCAGGAGGCCGAAGGCCCCCGAGAGGUUUGCAGCCGACUCCACCACCUUUGCUGCCAGUGGCUGAAGCCAGAAAGGAACACGAAAGCUCAGAUGCUGGAUCUGGUGGUCCUGGAGCAGUUUCUGGCUGUCCUGCCCCCGGAGGUGGAGAGCUGGGUCAGAGAGUGUGGAGCAGAGACCAGUUCCCAGGCGGUGGCCCUGGCAGAAGGCUUCCUCCUGAGCCAGGCAGAGGACAAAGAGCAGGUCCAGAGGAUGUUGGCCAGAGCACCCACAGAUUUCCCUGAGGCAGAGAAGGCUCCACCGGGAACCACACAUAGACAGCUGGACGGGUGGAUCUUGCAGGAGGGUGACGGAGGACCCGCCUCACUGGGGAGCGGAAAAACCUGCAGAGGAAGUGAACUGAUCCUGGGGGAUCCUUCCAGGCCUCCUUGGCUUGGUGGUGGAGUGGAAGCGGUUUCUGCACAGCCUGGGCAGGUUCCGGUGACUUUUGAGGAGGUGGCUGUGCAUUUCUCGGAGGAGGAGUGGGCUCUGCUUGAUCCAGUCCAAAGGACUCUGUACACAGAAGUCAUGGAGGUGAAUUGUAGGAUCCUGGCUUCUCUGGGUGAUCACAGGGAGAACAAGAAAAAUGGCCUACACCAGAGGAGGAAAACUGAAACUGAAGAGAAGAGGGAAAACAAAUCCAUUUCUUUUGAAGGAUCAAACGUCUGUGAAACUCCAAUCCUGGAAGCAACAAGAAAAAAGAACAUUCACAAUAGGAAGACACAGAGGAAAAGCUCUCGGUACAUAAAGGCUCAGAAGAUUCAUCUUAGCAAAUAUCAAAGAGUUCAAUACUUAGAGUGUGAAAAACAAUUCAGUUUCAACACACAACUUAAGUUGCAUCAAAGAAUUCACACUGGGGAGAAGACCAAUAAAUGCUUAGAGUGCGGAGAGAGCUUUGCUCACAGCACAAGCCUUAAGCUGCAUGAAAGAAUUCACACUGGGGAGAAGCCCUAUAAAUGUUUAGAGUGUGGAGAAAGCUUUGUUCAGAGCGCACACCUUAAGCGGCAUCAACGAAUUCACACUGGGGAGAAGCCCUAUAAAUGCUUAGAAUGCGGGAAGACCUUUGCUCAAAGCGCAAGCAUUAAGCAGCAUCAACGAAUUCACACUGGGGAGAAGCCCUAUAAAUGCUUAGAAUGUGGGAAGACCUUUGCUCAAAGCGCAAGCAUUAAGCGGCAUCAACAAAUUCACACUGGGGAGAAGCCCUAUAAAUGCUUAGAAUGUGGGAAGACCUUUGCUCAGAGCGCAAACCUUAAGCAUCAUCAAAGAAUUCACACUGGGGAGAAGCCCUAUAAAUGCUUAGUAUGUGGGAAGAGCUUUGCUCGCAGCUCAAGCCUUAAGCAUCAUCAAAGAAUUCACACUGGGGAGAAGCCCUAUAAAUGUUUAGAGUGUGGGAAGACCUUUGAUCUGAGCACACAACUUAAGCAGCAUCAACGAAUUCACACUGGGGAGAAGCCCUAUAAAUGCUUAGAGUGUGGGAAGAGCCUUGCUCACAGCACAACCCUUAAGCAGCAUCAAAUAAUUCACACUGGGGAGAAGCCCUAUAAAUGCUUUGAGUGCGGGAAGAGCUUUGCUCACAGUGCAAGCCUUAAGCAGCAUCAAAGAAUUCACACUGGGGAGAAGCCCUAUAAAUGCUUAGAGUGCGGAAAGAGCUUUGCUCACGGCGCAAGCCUUAAGCAUCAUCAAAGAAUUCACACUGGGGAGAAGCCCUAUAAAUGUUUAGAGUGUGGGAAGAACUUUGCUCUGAGCAAACGCCUAAAGCUUCAUCAAAGAAUUCACACUGGGGAGAAGCCCUAUAAAUGCUUAGAAUGCGGAAAGAGCUUUGCUCUGAGCACACGCCUUAAGCAGCAUCGGAAAAUCCACACUGGGGAGAAGCCAUUUAAAUGCUCGGAGUGCGGAAGGAGUUUCACUGAGAAAAGGUGCCUUAUUUCACAUCAAAGCAGCCACACAGGGGAGAAACCCUAUCAGUGUUCAGUCUGUGCCAAGAGCUUUCUUGCCAAAGCAAGCCUUAAAAGCCAUCUGAAAAUUCACACAGGGGAGAAGCCAUACCAAUGCAUGGAGUGCGGGAAGAGCUUCCGGGUGCUGGGAAGCCUUACUUCUCAUCAAAAAACUCACACGGGUGAAAAACCGUACAAAUGCUUGGAGUGCGGAAAGCCUUUUGCUCACAGUAAUAGUCUUGUUUUACAUCGAAGAAUUCACUCUGGGGAGAAGCCGUAUGAAUGCUCAGAGUGUAGCAAGAGCUUCUCUUCGGGUCAAGGCCUUAAGAUGCAUGAAAGAAUUCAUACAGGAGAUAAACCAUUUCAAUGCUUGGUGUGUGGAAAGAGUUUCACUCAGAGCUCACACCUUUCUUCACAUCGGAGAAUUCACACAGGGGAGAAACCAUAUACAUGCUUUGAGUGUGGACUUAGCUUUAUUCAGAGCAGCAGCCUUGCUUCACAUCGAAGAAUUCACUCAGGAGAGAAACCAUAUAAAUGCAUGGAGUGUGGAAAGAGCUUCUAUGUGAGUUCAGGCCUUAAUAAUCAUCUCAGGAUUCAUACAGGAGAGAAACCAUAUAGGUGUCUGGAGUGCGGAAAGAGCUUCACUGUAAGCGCAACCCUUACUUCUCAUCGAAGAACCCACACAAAGGAGAAACCAGAUAAAUACCGAGAUUGUAAACUUGAGAACAAGGACUGUCUAAUGAUCGAUUCUUGCAAUCUGCUCUGCGAGCCAUUUGACUAA